AUGAGCUCCUCGAGCUCUUUAGGAGAGGCGUCAGACUUAGUAUCCGAUGGAAGUGCCGACCAUGAGCGAAUGGUUGAGAUGCUGGAAUCACUCAAUGCCCAGCAAUCCAGUCUAGCUGAGCAAAUUGCCGAGCUCGAAGAGCAAGUCCGAGAGCUGGGAACAACCGAGACCACAACACAAACCCACGAAAUGGAUGAAGACGAAAGUGAGGACGAGGAAGAAGAGAUUGUAGGACGAAUGCUGAGAUUCACCAAUUUUGCCAACAGACCGAUCAUCGCUGGUCCCUUGAAUUUUGACAUCAAAAGACCUCCAGAAGAGCCCUUCAUGGACACCACAGAAGCUGAUAAGCAUCUGGUGCAAGUUGUUGGCAUGGUCUCCCCCCAUUGUCCUCCCCUGUACAGCAACGACACUUUUUCGGUGCGUGCCUUCACCGAGGCGAGUUUCAAAAUCCUCCUGCCAAAUCCCGCCAACCCCAAUGGCGCUCGGUGGAUGUGGUGUGCCUGGGACGGUACUCGCAUUAAGUACAAGCAUGUGUGGUUUGACAGCGAGUAUAGAGACAAGGACUACCAGUACUGGGAAGGACUCUACCAUACCCGCUGCAGACUUUACGAACAGGCCAUGGCCGCUGCCCGGAUUCAUUUCGCACCUACACAGCGAGCCUGGGUCCAGGAGCGCAAAGAAUGGGAGUGGAAUAUCGUCCAAAAGGCCAGGAAUGAUCCUAACAUCCAAUGGCCUCGGGGUAUCUCCCGCGAGGAAAUCGAAGCUCUUACAUUCGAGACCGCCAUCACCUCCUCAGAAGAGCCUCCACUGCUGCCAACCGACUUCUCUACAGAUCUUACUCCACCCAGACCUGGUGACCUUCGGAUCCCCCGCAUACCCCGGGCGAAAGCAUCCUUUGAGCGCGCGGCUGAUUGGUUAGCUGAUCAGGCACGCAUAACCAACCCAGUGGCAGACGAUGAACCCAUCCCAACCUUUUACGGUGGUGACAGCGUGUACGAGAACAGCCUAAAGCUGAACAAGUUCAUUGAGGGGCUGGGCUUCUCAUGGGAGGAUAUCGACACCAGAGCGCUUCGGUACUUGUAA